UGAUCAUUCAAUUAUUUCAUUUAAUCUGGCAAACGAAAAACGGGCAAAACAGGUCGAUAUUUCGUUUUUCGGUGGUUCUGUAUGAACCAAAAAAUGAAAGCUGAUGUCUUUUUUCCAGUUUUCAGCUCGAAACCGAAAAACAAAUAAACCGAAAAACCAAAACGAAAUAAUACGGCUAAUUUACGUUUUUCUGUAUUUUUCCAGUUCUCACGGUGUUUACAGCUGCGCGCCGCGCUGUGCGCAUGCGCAAUGAAUUUAAGGCCGCUAACCAUUGUUUGUACACUCGGAGGCAACAUCAUUGCGACGAAAUGGAUGUAUCAUUUGUUCUUUUCACUUCGUCUAGAAGGGUAACAUUGAGAGAGGAAGACAUGAUGGUUGAAAACAUUUCUAAAAUAUUUCAGGUAUCCAGCCAGAGCCUGUACCUCACUGAUGAUGCUAAUGUGGCAGUGUUCCCCAGAGCAGAUGGCCACUUCAGUUCAUUAGAUCUCAGGGACAAGGCCCACUAUGAGGUACAUGGGUCUGGGGCUGUACCCAACACAAGUGGUAAUGCUGCUGCCUCUGGGCCACCUCCAUCCUCAAGCAGCCAGUUUCGCUUCUCCAGGCCUGGUAUCUCAGCGAGUCCCUCACUGCCACCCAGGGCCCAAUCCCUGAAAUACUUUACAAAGACAGUCAGCCUGGGAGAGUUUCAAAGUGGGAAGCUUGUCACCAGCAGAAUGGUGGUGGUAAGAUUCACAGAGCAGGAGGCCAGUGUCCCAAUUUUGACCGCAAAAGUGAAAGAUGCCCUAGGAACCAAUGACCCAGUCAUUUUGACAGACCACAAUGGGAUUGAAAUAUUAGACUCCGAAGGAACAAGAGGGUCCUUUUACUGGAAGCAAAACUCAAGAAAAAUCAUGGCUGUACUGGAGGCUGAUUUCCAAGCUAUGCAACAAAAGAGGCGGAGAAUCUCACGCAGAGAUGAUGAAGGGGGAAUGGACAGUGUAUUGGAGAAGAUCGAGGAGGUUGUCCUGGCUGCUCAGGGUUUAUCUGAGGUGACCACUGCCAUCCAUGAACUGUCUGACCUGGUCCAAAACAGGAAGACAACAUUGGUACUGACUGAAGAACAGUCCAGGAAUGUGAGGGAUGUCUUCACUUGUCUAGUUUGCAGAGGAAUCAUGGAAGAUCCGGUUUUUGCAGCCUGCUGCGAAAGCUUAGUUGGUUGCAGAUCCUGCACAACUUUGUGGCUCCAAAAUUCUUCACAGUGUCUGAAAUGUCGAACGGAAGAUUUUUCCACCAACAUGCAUAGAGUCACUGGCUUUACUGAACUAGUGAAUGUAGUUAGAGGAUUGGCAUGCGAGUAAACACUAUUCUUGCCACUAAAUCCAUCUUUUCACAGUAUUCAUGAGAAAUUGGUGGAUAUGUUUUAUGUGGCAUCUUAGUGUAAACUUACAGGAAUUUUAUUAGAGUUUUAAGAGUCUAAAUGUUUUAUAUUGCUCUGUUCUGAGCUGACAGAUUUCUUAAGAGUUAAAUGUGGCAGUAUGUUGUUUUAUAUUGCUUUGUUUUGAACUCACAGGG